UUAGUUAAAAUAAAAUACUUAAAUAACCUGAAAUACUAUGAAUGAAAACGAUAUUAAGCUGUUGAAACAUCAACUUUUUUUAGCAAGAAGCGAAAUAAAAAACCUUAGGCAGCAGAUUAAUGGUCUUCAGCAUAUCUACCAAAAUGAUGUGCAGAAAAUUAACACUGCUAUUCAAUCUUUUCAAUGUGAUGGCUGUAAAUUAAAAAACCAACAGCAGAUAUCAACUGUAAAUGUGAACAAUGGUUACCAUGAGUCUACCAUUGAAAAUUCGGUUUCGUUUAAACCGAUAGGUAUAAUCAGAUCGAUAUUUCCGGAGAAACGUGCUGUGCCACGACAAGCAAGUGUGGCUUCCCGUCUUGUCAGCCGCAUCGAAUUAGACCCAACUGUGUUCAAUAACCCUGAGCAUUCCUUUGAAGGAUUGGACAAAUUUUCUCAUAUUUGGAUUAUAUAUCAUUUCCACCGCAAUCAAGCGCACCAUAAAGCAAAGGUUGCUCCUCCUCGGCUCUGUGGAGAACGAGUAGGAGUGUUUAGUACGCGAUCCCCACAUCGUCCUUGUCCUAUUGGUCUCUCCUUAGUACAGCUUGAAAAAAUCGAGAAUUCUACUGUUUAUUUCUACGGGACUGAUAUGGUUGAUGAGACCCCUGUCUUAGAUAUUAAACCAUAUAUUCCGCAAUACGACGUUCCAUUUAAAUUCAACGAACAAUUCUUUUCCUCGCGAGAAGCUCCUGACGGAGAAGAAAAUACGGAACCAACUGCGACUACCUCAGGACAGUGUGUAUCUAAUGCCACUGUUCCAAACUGGGUCACGAGCGAAAAGGAAUUGACAGUCAUCUUCAAUAAAAAUGCCACUCAGCAAUUACAGGAACUGGCCGUUGAUAAAAAAUCCAUCGAAGACAUAAUGAAAAGUGAUCCUCGUUCAUUAUACCUCCGAACAAGGUACGGAUCUCAAAUAUUCACCUUUCAGCUUGGCGAAAAUACUGUAACUUGUAGAUUCGACGAUAAAAACAACACUGUAAAUGUGUUACAAGUGCGAAAAGUAGUGAAUUUAAGUAGCACGGAUAUGCAAACUGAAGAAUAGAUGAUAGUAAGGUUAAAUACAAGAUGAAUGUUUAAUAUCCCAUUGAACGGAUAGACUGCAAAUUAAAUAUUGCCUUUAAUUCUAUUUACCAUGAGGCAUCUUACUUUCAUAUGGCGCCUAACUCCGUGCUUUGCUAGUGCCCAGCCGGCUAUCUGGUUGGUUUGAGGGAGAUUUCUAAAAAUCUGUAUUUGAUCUGUGUAUUAUAAACUAUAAAAGUAUCUCACGACAGGUCUUUAAUUAAAUUUUCAAGUGAUUGUGAGACUAAAAGUCCUUCAGAGCAUACGCCAACACGAAUUCGAACGAUACGUCGCAUUUCAGAGUAUUGCGUUGCAAAAAAAAUUAAGACUAGCAACUGAUAAUAAUAGGUAGGUGAGAAAAAGUCAUUAUAUUCUCUAUUUAAUAAUACAAAAGAAGUGUUUCUAAAGACCGUAAAGUCAGAUAAUUGAAUAUAAAGCAUUUCUGAGGAAUUAUUUCAAUCUUAUAAAGGGCAUAAAUGGAUGUGACUGUUAUGCGAAUAUUUUUUAGAUGGGACAAAACAAAUGGGUUUGGUUUUUCUAUUCUUCACGAAGAAAGCCUACUAUUUUAUUAGUUUGUCUGAAACUACAGACGAAAUCAAACCAAUUUUUGCAAUAAACUCAAACUACUAUGGCACUAUAAUAGCAAUCCUUCGAAAA